GUGCGCGCGGGCCAGAGGGCGGAGCCGCGAUGCAGCGAUGGAGCGCUGCCCGGGCGGGCGCCGGGGCCGGGGCCCGAGCACCGGGCGGAUCGCAGGCGGGAGCCGCAGCCAGAGCCCGGACCAGGCCGGGGUCCGGGACCGCAGGGCCGGGCUGCUCGUAGCGGUGGCAGCGGAGCCCCCCAGCGGCUGAGGGGCUACCUCCCAGUUCCUGCCGGUGGCCCGGACUCGGCAAGCCCCCGCAGCCGGGGAGCGCGGGGAUCCCCCCCACCGCCUCCAGGACCCAGAGACCCCCAAGAAAGCGGGAGACCCCUCCAGAUCCAGCAGAAAGCGACUCCCCAGCUGGGGAAAGCGGAGACUUCCUCGGUAUUCAGAAGAGAGUGACCUCCCUACGGUACGGCUAAGACUCCCCCUCUUCGAUCUGGCCCCCCCAAGACCUAGAACGCAGUGACCCCCCCCGUCCGGGAUUGCUGGGACACCGCCCCCCCCCCCCCCGGUCAAGAACCUGGUCGUUACAACUCCACACCUCAAGACACGAAGACCCAGCUCAGAACGCCCCUAGAUCAGGGGGUUCCUACACCCCCCAAAUUCCGGUCCACAGGAACCCCAAAUCUAGGGAACUGAGGACAGCGCGAGAGCUAUCCCUCACCAGCAGGAGGCCUCGGGGCCCCCCCUCCCAAAGCUCCAGGACUCGGGCGACUGAGCCCCUCGCGGCGCCCUUCGCAUCCCAGCCUAUGGUUGUGGCGCCCUGAGCCCCCCCGGGCCGGGCGGACGGAAACCGACACGGCGCCCAGGCCCCCCGCCGCGGCGUCCCCGCGGCCCCAGCCCAGGUAAGCCGGGCCCAGGGAGAAGAUGAGCGUGGGCUGCCCAGAGCCCGAACCACCCCGCUCCCUGCCCUGCUGUGGGCCAGGGACUGCCCCUGGGCUGGGUGCAGGCGUGCCCCUCCUCACUGAAGACAUGCAGGCACUGACCCUCCGCACACUGGCCGCCAGUGAUGUGACCAAGCACUACGAACUUGUCCGGGAGCUAGGCAAGGGCACCUACGGGAAGGUCGACCUCGUGGCCUACAAGGGCACAGGCACGAAAAUGGCGCUGAAGUUUGUGAACAAGAGCAAGACGAAGCUGAAGAACUUCCUGCGGGAGGUGAGCAUCACCAACAGCCUCUCCUCCAGCCCCUUCAUCAUCAAGGUCUUUGAUGUGGUUUUUGAGACAGAGGACUGCUAUGUCUUCGCCCAAGAGUACGCGCCCGCGGGGGACCUGUUCGACAUCAUCCCUCCUCAGGUGGGGCUCCCCGAGGACACGGUGAAGCGCUGCGUGCAGCAGCUGGGCCUGGCCCUGGACUUCAUGCACGGGCGGCAGCUGGUGCACCGCGACAUCAAGCCCGAGAACGUGCUGCUGUUCGACCGCGAGUGCCGCCGCGUGAAGCUGGCCGACUUCGGCAUGACGCGCCGCGUGGGCUGCCGCGUGAAGCGGGUCAGCGGCACCAUCCCCUACACGGCGCCCGAGGUGUGCCAGGCGGGCCGCGCCGACGGCUUCGCGGUGGACACGGGCGUGGACGUGUGGGCCUUCGGCGUGCUCAUCUUCUGCGUGCUCACCGGCAACUUCCCGUGGGAGGCGGCGUCGGGCGCGGACGCCUUCUUCGAAGAGUUCGUGCGCUGGCAGCGGGGCCGCCUGCCGGGGCUGCCGUCGCAGUGGCGCCGCUUCACCGAGCCCGCGCUGCGCAUGUUCCAGCGCCUGCUGGCCCUGGAGCCCGAGCGCCGCGGCCCGGCCAAGGAGGUCUUCCGCUUCCUCAAGCACGAGCUCACGUCCGAGCUGCGGCGCCGGCCCUCGCACCGCGCGCGCAAGCCCCCCGGGGACCGGCCGCCCGCCGCCGGGCCGCUGCGCCUCGAGGCGCCCGGGCCGCUCAAGCGGACGGUGCUGACCGAGAGCGGCAGCGGCUCCCGGCCCGCGCCCCCCGCCGUCGGGCCCGCGCCCGCGCCCGUGCCGGUGCCCGUGCCCGAGGCCGGCCUGGCGCCCCCGGGGCCCCCCGGCAGGACCGACGGCCGCGCGGACAAGAGCAAGGGGCAGGUGGUGCUGGCCACGGCCAUCGAGAUCUGCGUCUGAGCCGCCUCCGCCGCCCUCGGGGCCGCGCGCCCUGCUCGCCCUGGGCCGGGCCGCCGGGAGCCGCCCUGGGCCCGCGCCCAGCCGUGGCGGGACGGGGCGGGGGCCGCGGCGAACCCCACCGCCCCCCCCCCUUCCGCGGCGGCGGGACGGAGGAGCGCCAGGCAGGGCGGGGCGGCGGGCCCGGGCGUCCGUGCGGGGCCGGUGCGGACUCAGCCACCGAAAGACCGCUUGCCCCGCCUGUGGGGCGUGGGCUUGGCCCUCGGGAGCCGAGCCCCGCAGACCCGCGGAUUCAGAGGACCCCCUCCUCCCCGACACCCGGAGCAAGGGAGCUUGCGGGCAGACUCCCCCCCCCCCCCCCAUACACACACACACCUCCCCGAACCCUGGAACCCCGACUAGUUGCUCCUGGCCCUUUGCAACCCCCGGCAGACCGACCCGCAGUCCCACCGCGGGUCCUCCCUCCUGGCCGCCCCCACCCUGCGCCCUCCCCCCAAUGCGCGCUCGGGCACAGAAGGGGACGGAAGUGUUGGGGCGGAGAAGGGGCUCCUUAGGGCCCUCGAGCGCUGGCGGGGGGAGGGCGAGGAGCUGAGGGCAGGGGUGGUACCCAGCGGCGCCCGGCGCUUUCCUGGGACGCUGGAGUGGAGAGGCCAAGCCUCCUGCAAAAUGUAGCAAAUGCCUGGAUGUGGCAAAACUGUGUGUGUGUGUGUGUGUGUGUGUGUGUGUGUGUGUGUGUGUCUGUGUGUGUGCGCGCGCGCAGGCAUAGACCCCGAAGAAUCCAGAGACCCCACAACCCAUUCCCCUGAGGUGAGGACACUGAGCCCAGAAGGAGGGCCGCACAGACCCCUGCGAGAUGGAACCUGGAAGCCCUGUCCCCUCCACCCAAGGAAUUGUCCUCCAGAUUCGAGGAGGGGAGGGCUGCCGGGGCGGGGCCGCGACCGCCCUGCGAACCCGGGACUCCGGGAGUGAGUGCAGAGCCCAGGGUCCGGCCCAGCUUCCCCUGCUGGCCGCACCUUCACCAGGCCGGGGAACCUCAGACCCCCUCGACCCUCGCUCCCUGAGCCCAGACACAGUGACCUGGGCCAGGAGUGUCCCUGGGUUUCUGCUGGGGACCAACAUGUCAACCCGGGGCUGCCCCCGUCCCCACAUCUCCCAGGUUCCUGGUACUGGAGUGGGCCGCCGUGGGUGUGAGGGUGGAGGUCCAUGGAAACCUGAGGGGUGAGUGUGUGAACAGGUGUGUGCAUGGCGUGAGUGUGAGUCGAUGCCCAUGUUUGCGUGUAGUCUCGUGUGUUCAGCGACGGCAUCCAGACGCCUCCAAAACUCCGCCUGGCCCCAGGAUCCUCCCCAGGCAGCUGCCCGUGGGUGUCCACACCUGUGCGUCACCACGCGCCCCUCAGGGAAUCUGGCCGGGAGGCACCCAACGGUGGGUUCAAGCCCCGAGGCAGCAAAACAGGAACCCAACCUCACCCAAUGUUCCCUCGAGACCCCUGACCUCGCUGUGGAGGCCCGGGACCCCGCAAUAACCUCGACAUGGGUGAGGCCGCUCCUUCCACCUGGCAGGGGCCCAGCCGCCAUCCCGGGCACACCUGCCAAGGUCCUACCGGGGUUCUAGGCCAUUGGAGGCGGCUCUCGGAGGAGCCUGGCUGACCAGAGAGGGCCCAACCUCCCUCUGGCCUGGAACCCGCCUCUCCACCCAUCCCUCAUUCCCACUGCGCAUAAAGGGCUAUGGGUCCCCCUGCCCUGCCUGGGUCCAGUUUACAAACAGUGUGCGGUGGCCCCAGGGCCUGGCCCCGCUCCCCUCCGUGUGCCCAGCCCUCUGGAGGCCCCCCCCCUCUGCCGUGGGCCCUGGGGCCCUCCAGGUGCCAGGUAAGUAGCAAUCCCUCUUCCCACAAGGGCCGAGUUUCAGAGAAGGGCCCCCCCGCCACUGCCCCUGGCCCCCCUGGAGCCCAUCUGGGCCACCUCUCUCUCCCAGCCGUGACUUCUCCUUCUUUGCCUUAGGCCUCUCGACAUCCUGUCUCUCCUGCAAUAACUCGGACGCAAGAUUCCAAGUAGAUGUCCCUCACCGUGCGCCCUCUCUCUCUUUCUCUGUUAAGAUCCUCUCUGGGAGUUUCUCCCUCAUCGUAGUAUCUAGAAUGUUAGAGUUGGAAAGGGGACUGUAGUUAGUUAGCCCAGCCCCUACGUUCAGAGGCACAGGAGGGGCAGCAAUGGCCCGACGCCGGGAGCCACCCCGAGCCAGGCCCGCUCCCUCGACGUCGGGCCGCCCGCCCCCCGCCGCUGCUGGUGCCCCCCUCUGCUAGUUGGGUUGGGACCCUUUGCCCCUUAGGAGAGGUGUUGGUCACAGACGUUUACCUCAGUUUAUGUCACUGUCGAAGAAACAAAUAGCAAAAAAUUAAUAACACCGUAGACACAAAGACUUAGAAGACAACACACAAAAAAAUCUUCCUCUUUUCGAUUCUUCUGUGAAGGUGUGUGUGUGUGUGUGUGUGUGUGUGUGUGUGUGUGUCUCUCUCUCUCUCUCUCUCUCUCUGUCCCACCCGGGGCAGGCCGGGUCAUCCCUGAUCUCUGUCCCAGCCCCUGGGCCCCCACACUGCCCCUGCCCUUUGGUGCUUCCCAGAGGCCCCUCUGAGCUGGCCUGUGGGGUGUGGGGAGCCCCCUGGGCGGGAGGCAGGGCCACAGGUUAGCUAGAGGGCCUGCCAUCAGGCCCACGGAGAGAUCCCCAAGGCUGCCAAUAUUCCUUGAGCCCACGCUGUGGCCGGUGGGACCGUCUCGGUGGUUAGCAUCAGCAUCCCAGCCUGGCUCAGGGCCUGGGCAGAGCCCCAGUUCCCGAGCCCUAGCCCCUCAUGUCCUGCCACCGCUACCCCAUAUGUUUGUAAAUACUCUGGCAUCCUUUGGCCCUGAGAAGGUUUUUAAAUGUGUUAUUUACUUCUCUAAUGAUGACAAUUGCUAUAAAAUAAACAAAAGUCUAGAAAAAUGA